AUGGCUGGAGCUGAUGAUAAUAAACCAACAGAAAAUGAAUCUGUAUCUGAUGAUAUGGAAGUCAAUGAUGAAGAAAACGUCCGUGAAGAAUAUGACGUAUUGGACAAUAAAUUAGAUGAAUUAAAUCAAGCAUUAGAUAUGUUGGAACAGAAGAAUGAUGACAUUCACAAGAGAUUAAAGGAACUCCUGCAAUCAAAUAGAGAGAUCAGGCAACAGUUGCAAAAUGAAAAUACUGAACAACAA